AUAACUACGUUGAAAUACACCGAUGCCUGAUUCGUGGUAAGUAGAUAGAUAACAGUUAGAUACUACACGCCUAGGAUGAAGUAUUGAAGCUCUUUGCAUUUUCUGAAAAUAGAGGACUCGACAUUUAACAGCGACUUCGGAUUUUUACAAUGAGGGGUUUAGACAAACAAAAUAUGAAAAAUUGCGAUAUCAAUGAGCACGAUGAUGAUACAGAAGCAAGCCGUAUGUUGGUAACAGACAGUUACGAGGAAUCCUACAUACGUGAUGAUGGGAAUGAUUUAGAUGAAGAAAUCAGGAAAGAACCAGCACAGUUGUCUACAGAGCGAGACUCCAGGAAAAAUGAAGAGACACUAUGGAUCCGACUGAAGAACGAUAAGUUCAUUAGAACGAAAUACAUAUUGACAACAGCGUACAUCGUGUCAUUCCUAACAUUAGGCUGGGUGGAGGGCCAGUUUGGCCCCACAUUUCCGGAACUCCGAGUGAUCGCCCAAAUAACACUAGAAAAGGGUUCUUUCUUCUUUACAAUGGUCACCGUGGGCUACGUGUUGGGAUCCGUUUUGAUGGGUUACCUGUUUGAUAGACAGACGCUGAACAGAGACUUAAUGGUGUUUCUCGCGACAUCCGGGUAUGGCGUCGUCAUUGCUAUUGUUCCAUGGUGUGGAAUAUACGAGGUCAUGCUCAUUAUUCACGUCAUUAAAGGAGCUUUUGGUGGCGCAUUAGAUACGUGUGGGAAUGCGGGAAUGGUGAUGGUGUGGGGAACCGAGGGUGACGCCUACUUCAGCGCUUUACACUUUUCAUUUGCUCUUGGUGGAAUUUUAUCUCCCUUAGCAACUGCACCAUAUUUGAAGUCACGUGAUGGUAGCGUAAACAGUACCGCGAUGAACAGAAUCAAGGAUCUCUCCAAUUCCACAAUCCCCAGUUACUCUGAUGUUGACAGUACUUUGGAUAUAAAAAACCUAUCUAAUCUAAGUUCGAACCAAACGUCUUCUGGAGAUGAAACAUCAACGGUUUACAUUCCAUACACCAUGACUACGGGACUUUGCAUUCUUACGUCACUUCCUUUUUUUGUCUUUUGUUGUAUGUCAUUCCAGAAAACUCUCGAAAUAGAAAAGGCAAAAGAAGAAGUCGAGAAUCGAAGAAAAACCCAAAAGCGUUUAAGAAUUCUUGGAUUUAUUAACAUGGUUAUCUAUAUAGCAGUGUACUUCGCUGUGGAAAACUCCUUCGAGGGUUUCUUAACUACGUUUGUGAUGUCGGAGUUACACUGGACAAAUUCACAAGGCAGUUACAUCACUUCCGGCCACUGGGCCGCAUUCGCCACCGGGCGAUUUUUAGCAAUUUUUAUCGUAGGAUUUUUUCGCCCCAGAAAAAUGAUAUUCACAUUCAAUGCUAUGAUGCUGAUAUCUCUGCUUGGCUUUUUGAUUGUUUCUUUCCAUAACGUCACAAUAGGCGUAUGGAUAUUUACAUUGACAACAGGAUUCUCCAUGUCAGUGAUUUUCCCCACUGUGUUUAUGUGGACGGAGCAGACAUUUCUGCGAGUGACAGGGAAGAUAGCAUCUAUCUUUCUCGUCGCUGCAUCUGUUGGUUCCAUGAUAAACCCUCCUCUUCUUGCUGUUCUGAUGGAAACGUUUUCACCAAUGUGGUUCGGUUAUAUAUUGUUUGGCGAAACGGUAGCAUUAUUUUUGCUAUAUUUCGUGGGCUUGUACGUUUCGCGAAAGAUUUCGUCAUUAGAAUCACUUGAAGCCGACGCUGAACUCGCUGUCUCCAACGACGAUACGGAGGCACACAAAGAGUAGAUGCGAAAGACAUUGUCUUUAUAAUUUAAGAUUAAUUUACAGUUCAGACUAAUUAAAAUAUGUGGACUUAAUAAUGACAACAGCGUUAGAUUUCGAACAAGUAUCCUUUCGUUUCAGAGACUUCACUUCCCGAACUACAAUAAACAUUCGGAUUGGAUGACGUCAAAAUACCACAUCAAACAGUACCUAUGUAAAUGAUUCCCGGUGUCGAGUUGGGAUAUUUUUGUGAUUAUCAUCACAUAAUUUCCUUUAUUAAACUGAUGCAUGUC